AUGGCGUCUCCUCCUCCUGCAAAGAUUACAUAUCAUUCUUUGUUGCUCUCGACAGCGGAGUCUCCGAGCUCAUCAAGGCAUGGUCCAGAUUCAGUCUGCUUGCAGGCCGGCGAACCAGUGCCGGGCCACUCCAUCUGCACAGACGUAAGGGAGCACUCUGAAAUCGGCGCCAGCCACGGCUGCGAUCUUUUCAUCCGGAAGAAGUUUUUGGAGGCGUCGGCGCUUCUCGUCGACGGCUGCUUCACUGUCGGGUGGGAAAUCUGCGUGGAAAGGGCAUCGCCGCCGCAGCAUCUCUUGGACACCGACGUCACGUUCGAGGUCGGCGGCGAGGCCUUCAGCGCCCACAGGAGUGUUCUUGCGGUGUUCGAGAGCCUGCUGCACUUCGUAUACACAGAUUCGCUGCCGGAGAUGACUGAUGAGACAGAAGAGUCUAUGAUGGCUGAGCACUUGCUGGUAGCGGCGGACAGGUUCGACCUGCAGGGGCUCAAGCUGAUUUGUGAGGAGAUACUGUGCAGAGAUAUAAAUGAGGACACGGUCGCAAAAAUACUCAGAUUUGCUGUACAACACCAGUGCUGUUUACUCAGGGACGCUUGCAUCGAGUUCCUUGAAGAUCCUCCUGUGCUCCAAGCGGUCGUGGCAAACGACAAUGACUUGCUUGAGCUUGUGGCUAAAACUUGCCCUGUGCUUUUGAAGGAGUUGUGGGAUUACGACGAGGAUGAUGACCCUAUGCAAGACGAGUUGGCCUUGUGCUUCUGA